AUGGAGGAAACAGAGGUUUUCCUGGAAUUAAAAACAUGUGAUAACACAGACUUAAAGAAAUGUCUUGAAAGGGAGUUUCAAAUUUCUGAAGAGAUGGUGAAGGAUCUACCUUCAAAGCACUGUAAAAGAAUAAUGCAGAGAGCGAUAGAAGCAGAGUUAUACCUUUUAAGUGUUCGCUAUCAGAUGUGCCUUCGUCACGGUUGUGAUAUUUACAAAUUUGUCAUGGAAAGUAAAGGAUUAAACAGGAAUUUACAAAGUAAUUCUGCUAAGAAGGAAUUAGAAUCAACACUGCUGUCUAUUUUAGAAGAAUUAAAUGUUAAAUAUAUGAAUCUAAAUAAAAAAAUACUCAAGGGCAUACCAUUAGAAGAGCUGCCCCCUUUGUCAAUAGAAUCAAAGUUACUGACAACCUUCUCUACUUUGGUUUCUGUGCUAAUGAAAGAAGAAUCACAUGUCUUUUCAGGAGCAGUUUCUGAAGUAGGUAAUCAGACUGCAUCUGAUGAUGAGGUCUCUCCAACGCGAAAAAAACGUGCAUCUCAAAUGUCUUUAUUAUCUGACAACAGUCAUCCUGAACAAAAAUCACCUAAAAAAGGUGGUUUCGAAAAUGGUGGUAUCAAUGUAGACUUUAAUCAACUAAAACUUGAUGAUAAAGAGUGCAGAAAUGACCAUGAAGUCAGUGAGGACUGGUUUGAUGCUAAAGAGAACGUGACAGGAGUUGACUCCUCAGGAAUAGAAGAAAAUCAAAUAGAUCAUGACAGAUGGAAUCCGAAGUUUGUGGCAGCACAAAUGAAGAAUAUUGAACCCCUCGAAAGAGAUAAAGGGUUUUUGGUACAUGUUGGUGGUCUCUGCCCUUCAGUAUCUGAGGCUGAUUUGAGAUCUCACUUCCAGAAAUAUCAAGUUUCUGAAAUCUCAAUUCAUGAUUCUUCUACUACUUACAGAUAUGCAUCUCUUUCUUUUAACAAAAACCAUGAUGCAAAGAUGGCUGUGGAAGAAAUGAAUGGAAUAGAAAUAAAUGGAAAAUCAGUAAAUGUGAGACUUGUUAAAACUCACAGAGAGUACAUGUCACCACUUGCCUCAAAAAGAGGUUCAAAUAAUUUGGAGAAAAGUAUGAACAAAGAAAUCAACCCAGCCUCCUCUGUUUUUGCAUUGCCCAGAACUAGGCUGAGGCAGAUGAUGUCUGAGCAAGACAGUAAGCUUUUGCCUUUGGACCAGGAUGCUAAGAAGAAUUGUAAACAGAUUGAAUCUGCUCAGUUUCCACCAAAAAUACCUGUUCAGUUCAUACCUCCAAAUACAUUGAACCUUAGUAGCUUUACCAAGAUCAUAAAGAAGCUGGUUGAACUGCAUCCAGAAGUCAGCAGAGACCAUAUCAUAGACGCUCUUCAGCAAGUGAGAAUGAAUCAUAAAGGCUUUCUCAAUGGCUUAUCUAUUAGUACUAUUGUGGGAAUGACUUUGUCUGUUCUGAAAAACUCUGCAUCCCCUUAGGAGUAAACAAAA